AGUGACCAGCCUGUUGGGUGGGGUAGGGUGGGAAGGCUGGGGACGCCGGGGCCUCUCCCGUUUAAGGGGGAGGGGGAAUGGGCGCGUCCUCGCACCUAAGCCGGAGCCUCAGGGGCAGCUCGGGCGCGUGGUGGCGGUGGCUGGGCGGGCGGGAGCGCGCGGGAGCGCGCUGGAAGGCGGAGUGUAUGGUGGCGUCAGGGCCGACACAGCAUAGCUCUAGCUGCGGGGACAGCGGCGCCUGUGUCUGGCAGAGCCGGUGUGAGACCAAGAGACAAUCCUUCCCAGCCGCCGGGAUAAUCAAGAGUUUUGGCCGGAACUUUGAACACACACCGAGAUAGUGAGGAGCCAGACGAAAAGCACAGACUAUGGCGCUGAAACGGAUUAAUAAGUUGCGGCUUUUCACCCGAAACUGUUCAUCAGAGGCGCGCCGGGAACUGAUGGAAAGCCCUUCUGGAAGCUCCGUUUUGCUUUGGCGGGGGAGGGGGGGAGAGUGUGGUGGCAGCGAGAGGAGGGAACUUAGUGAUUUGGCCCGUGACCCUCCAGCACAAUGUUCUGCAGGUCCAGUUGGGGAUGAUAAGUGUUUUCUUUUUCUAGUGUUUCAUUGGCAAGCCACAAUUAUGGGACCUAAUGACAGCCCAUAUCAAGGUGGUGUAUUCUUUUUGACAAUUCAUUUUCCUACAGACUACCCCUUCAAACCACCUAAGGUUGCAUUUACAACAAGAAUUUAUCAUCCAAAUAUUAACAGUAAUGGCAGCAUUUGUCUCGAUAUUCUAAGAUCACAGUGGUCUCCUGCUUUAACUAUUUCUAAAGUUCUUUUAUCCAUUUGUUCACUGCUAUGUGAUCCAAACCCAGAUGACCCCCUAGUGCCAGAGAUUGCACGGAUCUAUAAAACAGACAGAGAUAAGUACAACAGAAUAUCUCGGGAAUGGACUCAGAAGUAUGCCAUGUGAUGCUACCUUAAAGUCAGAAUAACCUGCAUUAUAGCUGGAAUAAACUUUAAAUUACUGUUCCUUUUUUGAUUUUCUUAUCCGGCUGCUCCCCUAUCAGACCUCAUCUUUUUUAAUUUUAUUUUUUGUUUACCUCCCUCCAUUCAUUCACAUGCUCAUCUGAGAAGACUUAAGUUCUUCCAGCUUUGGACAAUAACUGCUUUUAGAAACUGUAAAGUAGUUACAAGAGAACAGUUGCCCAAGAUUCAGAAUUUUUUAAAAAAAUGGAGCAUGUGUAUUAUGUGGCCAAUGUCUUCACUCUAACUUGGUUAUGAGACUAAAACCAUUCCUCACUGCUCUAACAUGCUGAAGAAUCAUCAGAGGGGGAGGGAGAUGGAUGCUCAGUUGCCACAUCAAGGGAAGCAGCAUUAUUCUAGCAGCAUCCAUUCUUGUGUAAGCCUUCCACUGUUAGAGAUUUGAGGUUACAUGAUAUACUUUAUGCUCAUAACUGAUGUGGCUGGAGAAUUGGUAUUGAAUUUAUAGCAUCAGCAGAACAGAAAAUGUGAUGUAUUUUAUGCAUGUCAAUAAAGGAAUGACCUGUUCUUGUUCUACAGAGAAUGGAAAUUGGAAGUCAAACACCCUUUGUAUUCCAAAAUAGGGUCUCAAACAUUUUGUAAUUUUCAUUUAAAUUGUUAGGAGGCUUGGAGCUAUUAGUUAAUCUAUCUUCCAAUACACUGUUUAAUAUAGCACUGAAUAAAUGAUGCAAGUUGUCAAUGGAUGAGUGAUCAACUAAUAGCUCUGCUAGUAAUUGAUUUAUUUUUCUUCAAUAAAGUUGCAUAAACCAAUGAGUUAGCUGCCUGGAUUAAUCAGUAUGGGAAACAAUCUUUUGUAAAUGCAAAGCUGUUUUUUGUAUAUACUGUUGGGAUUUGCUUCAUUGUUUGACAUCAAAUGAUGAUGUAAAGUUCUAGAGAGUGAAUAUUUUGCCAUGUUCAGUUAAAAGUGUGCGGUCUGUUACAGGUUGACACAUUGAUUGACCUGAUUUAUGCAGAAUUAAUAAGCUAUUCAGAUAGUGUAGCUUUAGUAUGCUGCACAUGAUACUGGCAGCCCGGGAGUUCUUUGAUGGACUUGGGACCCAGCAGUUUUAAAACGUGUAUAUGGAGUUUAAGAAAUUUAUUUUCCAGGUGCAACCCCUAUCUAACUAAAUUUUUUCUUCACGUUGUACACUUGACAGCUGAAAAAACCAUAACAUGGGAGUAAUAAUGGGUCAAAAUUUACAAAAUAAAGUACUGUUUUGGUGUGGGAGUUGUCAUAAGGCUAUGUUGAAGUGACUUAACUAUGUGGGAUAUUGAGGUUUUUUUUUUUUUAAUGGAGUGAGUAUCCAUUAAAAUGAAUUUGUUCAGCCAUUUACAUUAAUGAGCAUUUAAAUGCAACAGAUAUCAUUUCAGGUGACUUAACAUGAAUGAAUAAAAGUCAAUGCUAUUGGAUUAUUUUUUGUUUGACAAGUGCUAUCUGUGCCACUUAUUUAACUUCUGUAGUAACAAGGGCAUUAUCAUUCUUCACCCUUCCUAAUUCUGACCCUAUAGUUUUAUUACUUUUUCCUAGUUAUUUUGAUUUGUCCAUUGCUUUCUUACAGUCCUGUAUUCAAUUUCUAGCACAUCUGUGACUUUUCCACUUCCACAUUUUUGCACUGCUUACACUUAUGUGCAAUCUUAUUCCUUGUCUGCGCACAGAUGUGGAAAGUUAGAUAUAAAAUAAAUGUUAAAGCUUGAUUUUUAUAAACAUUUUAAUAUGUAGUUUGGACAUGAUUUAUUGACUUAAGGUUCUUCUCUAAACUGAAAGUGAAAUGCAUGCCUUCCGAAGAUGUUUUGGCUUUGUUAAUUCUGUAAUAAGCAUUUCAUUGAGAAAUAUCAAUCCAGUUAUACAAUUUUCCAAUGAGUGAAUUUUUCGUUUUAUCUUUUGCUUUAAAAACAACUCAAGGGUAGAUGUCAUACUGUUAAAACUGUUGGAUUCAAAGUACAAAUGAGAAAUUAGUAACAUACCUCUCCACAAGGUAAGAAACUUUUUUUGGCUCUAUUUUUAGAAUAAAUACUGAGAUUCCCUCAAAAUAACAGCUUUUAUAGUAGGCAUAUCAUUUCUUAAAAGCCAACCAUGAAUAAAACAUACUUGUCAGAGCUUCUGGAUUCCUAAUUGGCUUUCAAAUUGACCUUUUUAGCCAUAGACAGCCCUUAAGUGUUUAUAGAGAUGACUUCCUUAAACUAUUGUCAUAAUGAUUAGUAGAUGUGUCCAGUUCUCUGUAUCUUUGACUUGAUGCUUUCUAUAUUUCGUAUGUCACUUCUAAGGGAAUAAGCCAUAAAGGCUUCUCCAGGUUUAAGAGAACAGUAAAGUACCUGGAAAACCAACAUUUUUGAAUGUAUGAACACUGGACUUGAGAUCAUCUGCAAUGAAACCUUCAAAAGAAUCCAAGAAUUUGUCCUUCCCCCCCCCCCAUAUAUAUUACUAGUGCCAUGUAUAGGACUGAAGUGAUCGUUAGAUUAAAAAUUGAUUUUGGUUC